UUUUGGAAAUAAUAAUAAUAACUAGAGAGAGUAAGUAACACCAGCACACACCCAUCGUAAUUAACUUAAUUUCCUCUGUAUUCUUUCUCUCGCAGUGCUUUUCUUUCUUUGUGAGAUUGCUGAAGAGAGAAAAGCAAAAUCGAAUUAUCGAAAGAAUUGAAUUGGAUUCGUUUACAGAGUGAAGCGUUCCACAAAUCUGAAGUGCACAUUGCAUUGUGGUUGAUUUGUGAGAAUGGCGCCAGUAUCGGCUCUCGCAAAGUACAAGCUAGUGUUCUUGGGCGAUCAGUCCGUUGGGAAAACCAGCAUAAUCACUCGCUUCAUGUACGACAAAUUCGACAACACGUAUCAGGCUACAAUCGGUAUUGACUUCCUGUCAAAAACUAUGUAUCUUGAAGAUCGAACUGUUAGACUGCAGUUGUGGGAUACAGCUGGACAGGAAAGAUUUAGAAGUCUGAUUCCAAGCUACAUUAGGGAUUCAUCUGUUGCUGUUAUUGUUUAUGACGUUGCAAGCCGCCAGACUUUCCUAAACACACCAAAGUGGAUAGAAGAGGUGCGCAGUGAAAGAGGAAGUGAUGUUAUUGUUGUUCUUGUUGGCAACAAAACUGAUCUUGUGGACAAAAGGCAAGUGUCUACGGAGGAGGGGGAAGCAAAGUCCCGAGAGCUGAACGUUAUGUUUAUUGAAGCUAGUGCAAAAGCUGGAUUCAAUAUAAAGGCCCUCUUUCGAAAAAUUGCUGCUGCAUUACCCGGAAUGGAGACACUAUCUAACACAAAACAGGAAGAUAUGGUCGACGUGAACCUGAGGUCUUCUGGUAACCAUGAUUCCCAAUCUGAGUCAGGUGGAUGUGCUUGCUAAAUGUGUCUUGUCCCAAAGUUUUGUAUCUUUCUGCUUUACGCUAUUUAUUUUGGAAUGUUUUUGUCCAAGUUCUGUAAAGAUUCAUCAGUCCUUACGACUUAAACAACUUUGUGUGAGAAAAAUUACUAAAAUCAAGUGAAAGAACCAAUAUUACACA